AUGGAACUAUCGGAUACCCAAACAGAAGAUAUUCCUGCCGCUUUUGAUGGUAUAAAAAGUCAGUUGAACAGCAUAUUAGAAUCGAAUCAAUUAUUUCAAGAUUAUGCACUACUGAAUGGGUUCUUGGCAUUUGUCCAUUCGAAGUUAAAUGGCAUUGUCGUCUCAUCCAUUGAGUCCGAAUAUGCUUUUCAUUUAUCCAAAAAUUCAAGAGUAGUUGAUCCUGUUUCCCUUGAAAACGGAAAGGUUCUUUCGAUUAUAGAUUUUUCCUGGGAAAAUGUGCAUUAUCCAAUAUUUAAAUGGUUUCAGAUGUGGAGAAACUAUAUCCUUUUCAAGAAAGAGAACCAAAAGCAACAAGCCAGAUUUAUUGAAUUUAGAAAGAUGAAUUCCAAGAUGCUGAAGUUUUUCAAAACGGUCCAGAACUUUUAUUUCAACAUUAUAAACACAAUCUAUAAAAGAUAUGAUAUAUCUGUACUUUUGCCGAAUAAAAUUGUUCAAGACCUAAAGUUAGCUGAUAUCAAGAGAGAUAUCAAUGUUGAGUUGAAUACGUUUGAUAAUGGGUGUCCAUUCGCCCGGCUCAUUCAGGUUAUUUUCCAUCGUUGCGUGUUAUUUUUAGGAACAGCGCAUCGCUACAAGAGUCUCAUUGAAGAACUCUCAAACAAAUAUCCCACAUCUACUUUUAAAAAAUCUCUGAGUUACUUUCACUUAGCUUCAUUGAUAUUACCAGGCGCCGGUGAAACAUAUUCACAAGCAGGAAUGGUAUUUCUGCAAACAGGGAACUUGGGGCCUGCAAUGUACGAGUUUGUUAAAGGCAUGAUGACAAAGAUGCCGAGUCCUGUGUCCAUCAAAAAUUUCCAUUCAAUAAUGGUAGAUAAUAAAAGCUCCCUGAAUCGCAAUUUGCAUGCUACCAUUAUGAACACUUAUUUACAGGAAUCUAAAGGAUGGAAAUCACCUAAUAAAGAGAUAUUGGAAUUUUAUUAUCUGGGCCUUCUUGGAUCAGUUUGGUCGCCUAAUAGUUGGAGAGACGAUACGAAGUCUAACCAACUAAAUAAUGGUAUUAAAUUAAAACAUUUGGAAGCAGUGCUUUAUGAGACCAUGUCAACAAGAUAUUUGAAAAAUGUACAAACCAUUUUUAAGAAUCUGAUUAUUACGAUUGGUGGAUUCCACUUAUUACUGAAAAGGCGUCCCGACGCAGACAUAAAUGGUUUACAAGAUUUACGUACCAAUGAGUUGGAUUAUCUAAAAUUCGUUUUCAGAUUCAUUGGUCACAUUUUAAACGAUAUUGUCAAGGAGUCAUGGAGUGAAAAUGUCGAGGUUCCCGAAAUAUUAGGUAUGGUAAGAGUUAUCAAUUGCUGGAUAAAAUCAAACCCAAUAGUAUUACAAUAUUGUGAAACUGAUAUAGAGUUUGUUAAUUCCUUGGCAUACUUGGUUAACGAUAUCAUGAAAAACAAGCCAAGCCUUUCUUUCAACAUAACGGGUCGCCACCCCAAAAGAACGUACUGGUUUGAAGAAGAUUUGAUGGUGAAGGGUCUAUCAUUUAUGAAUUUUCAACUAUCCGACUUUGAAGAUUAUGAGGAGAUAAUUCACAUGGACAGUAAGUUUGAUAGAUUAAUUGGAGAUCCUCCAUUGUGUGAUAAAGAACCUGCAUCUUCCGAAAUGCUAUUAAGAUUGCAAGCUAUCGUGAAUUCGAGUUAUAAGCUACUGGCAGAAAAUAAAUGCGGGGUGGAAUGGUCAGAUGACAAAUCGCGCUAUAUCUUUAACAAAAAAAUCGGAUUCAGAGAGAAUGUUAAAUCCAACACAAGGUCACCAAAGGAGCUAAUCGAAAGGACUAAGUCGCGAACAAAGACCAAAACUUCUGUUACGAAUGGGUCGAUCUCCAUGGCUGAUUUGGAAAGGCAAAUGAGGAACAGCAGCUUAAAUCCUUCUACCCCGAUUAUGGGUUACAGUGGCUCAUCUGUACCUAUGGCACCGGAUACGUUUGACGUCAAACCCAGUGGGAUAAUAACAGGAAAUAAGAUGAUCUCAAAUAUGCUGGAGAUUGAAGUAAGCGAUCAAAGACCCGAUGAAACCGUUGCGAAUUUAUCUGCUGAUUACAACAGCGCAGCCACUUCUUCAUCUAUUUCAACCCCCGCAAGUGGAUCAUCCUUUAAUUUGAAUAGUAUCAUAUCCUCUGUGCAAACRGAACAUUUGGAAAAAUCAUUUGUUGAAUCCAUGCAAGGACUAAACGAACAAACACCAAUUAAUGAUAUUUAUCAUCAACAGCAGGUUCAAAGUUCGACGCAGAGACAUGUGUAUCAACAACCUCCAGCAAUGUCCUCGAUAAACUCCUCCUAUCCAAGUCCCAUGAUGCCUUCAUCGGCAUCAGUAUCAUAUCCUUACAAUUUUUUGAACCAACAAAGCCAAGGGGUAGCGCUGCCAUUUAAUGCACAUGAUUCACAAUGGCAAAAUGAAAUAUGCGCAUUGAAUUCAAGGAACUUUUUGAAUCCAACUUGGAUGGGCAGCCAAAACCAGAGUGCCGCCUCACCAGUGUAUACACAACCGCAACAGCAACUGUUUCAGCAGCCCAUGCAGCAAGAACCGGGGAAGUAUGUGCAAUUUCCGUAUGGCCCACAAGAUACUACAGGCACUAUGAAGGGAAGUGGUCAUAACGAUGUGUUUUAA